AUGGACGAGGCGGGAGAGCGGUUGGUGGUGAAAUUGGACAAGGCCAAGAGCAAAAAAUCGAAGUACAAUCGAACCGGCCUCCAACUCCAAGAGAAACUGCGUUGUGCACUCAAACAAGUAGCGGGGCUUCAGGCCGACCAGGAAAAGCUGUGUCACGCACUCAAGCAGGUAACGAGGUUUCAGGCCUAA